AUGCUAUUCAGAUUCGUGGAAGCUAAUGAAAAAAGACAUGAUGCAACACUUAGAGAUCAUCAAGCAUCAAUUUUGAGCAACCACACACAAGUUGGCCAAUUAACAAAUUUUGUACAAGAAAAGCUAUCAAAUCUUCUUUCAAGAAAAGACGAGUCAAUCCCUAUGGCUAAAGUCAUGGAGUCUAAUCAGUCACUCGAACUAAAAAAUAAAGAAGAAGAAGAGUAUCGUGAAGUUGCCCAGUCGCCACGAGAUGGAGGCAAUAGUGCCACAUCGUGGGCAAUAAAAGAAGAUUAUGAAUUUUCUGUUGCUGGGCCGUAUCGACCACCUAUUCCUUUCCCAUCUCAUACCAAGGAAAAUAUGGUGAAGCAAGGAAACACAAUGUUCAUGGAGCAUAAAGAACUUGCAGAGCAAUUGGAAAAGGAAGAAAAUCAUUCGAGACCUCUAAUGUCAACGCCAAUGGUUUUUGAGGUGUCUGCUUUUACAAGGCCACCAGAUCAAGUCACAAAGACAGUUGAAGAAAAAGAAGAGGAAUAUGAUGAGCCUCAUUUUGAAAAGAAAAACCCGGAAAGAGACAAUACAAAAGCUAAACACGUCAGAAUGAGGAAAAAACCCAAGUUAAAGCACAAAGAUGAUGUCAACCCAUCAAUGCAAGAAACUUCAAGAAAGGCAUUCAGCAAAUGGGUUGCCUACAAACAAACAAGGCUCAAUAUGAUGUAG